GUGACAGCGAAAUGGAUGAUGCUUACAGAGCAGUUACGGUGAUGCGUUUGCUGUGCAAGAUGUUGGUCGGACUGGGUGUUUCCUUGUCGGGUCUCAAGAUAGGUGGAACUCAGGAUGAUAUUACAAUGUCAGCUUAUGAGUUUUAUGCUGUCACUGCACGUAUACAGGAUCUGGUUGUUGAAUGCAAUAGCGAAGUGGGCUGGCAUCACUUUAUUGAAUACAGGUAUUGGAGAAAUCUGCGUUCUCUCAAAGUCACCGUCUCAUCACCAGAACAUAUAGAAGAUAUUGCAAAGUUUCUGAUAGCACAGCGGUCAUUAGAGACAUUCAAGUUUACAUCGAAUAAUAUCAACGUCGAUCCUCAACGAAUACUUCGUGCGCUUGACAAGCAAGGGAACUCGCUGAGAUAUCUGACUAUUAAGAAUACUAGCUUAAGCAGAUGUAUGCCUUUGUAUACGAUUGCUGGACUGAAACGUUUGCAAUCCUUGCGGUUUGAAAAUGUAUCUGGCGUCAAUGCUACAAUAAUUCGUCCUUUAUUGAAUGCAAAGUUUCCAUGUAUGAAACGAGUUCGUAUAAGCGGUGACGAGACUGUUUGUAGUGAAGCACACAUUUGGGCACAAUCAUUCAAGUAA